AUGGCAUUUUCUGUUGCCUCUGCCUCCUAUCCCAGUCCUCGUCAGGACUUCUGUGUAGCUGUUAACGAUACAAACGCCGCUGUGUUUGUGAAUGGGAAAUUCUGCAAAGAUCCAAAGCUUGCGACUCCAAAUGAUUUCUCCUUUUCAGGGCUUGGUGUUCCAGGAAAUACAUCAAACAAACUUGGGUCCAUGGUCACACCAGCAAACGUGGCACAGAUACCUGGACUCAACACCCUUGGCGUUUCCCUGGCUCAGGUUGAUUAUGCGCCAUAUGGGACACUUUAUGUGGGCUUUUUCACCUCUAAUCCUGAGAACCGCCUCAUCUCCAGGGUCCUUUACAAGGGAGACGUUUUCGUCUUCCCACAAGUUCUCAUUCACUUCCAGCUCAAUGUGGGAACAACAAACGCAGUGGCCAUUGCUUCAUUGAGUAGCCAGAACCCAGGCGUGAUCACUAUUGCAAAUGCAGUGUUUGGAUCAAAGCCAGCAAUAUCAGCUGAUGUUCUGACAAAGGCCUUCCAACUGGACAAGAAUGUGGUUGCCUAUCUUCAAUCUCGAUUCUGGACUAACAACCACACCUACUAG